AUGAAUAAUAACACCAAUAUACAAAAUUCCAUAGCGAGAGAUGUUGUAGAAUAUUAUAGUAAAUACAGGGCUAAAAAGACUUUAAAGUAAUCUUAAAUUCAUGGAACUAAUUUUAACAUAGAUGAAAGAUAUAAAAUAUUAGAAAAAAUUGGAUAAGGAGCUUAUGGAGUUGUCGUUGCAGCUGUAGAUUAAGCAGAAAACAAAAAGAAAAGUGUAGCAAUAAAAAAAAUUGAAAAGGCUUUUGAAGAAAGAAUAUAUACUAAAAGAACAUUACGUGAACUUAAAUUACUGAGAUUACUAAAUCAUGAAAAUGUAAUAGGCUUAGAUAGUAUUUUAUUACCUAAAUCAAGAGAAGAAUUUAAUGAUAUAUAUUGUGUAUCUGAAUUAAUGGAAACAGAUUUACAAUAAAUAAUAAAAUCUGAAUAAGUAUUAACAGCUGAUCAUAUCAAAUUUUUCAUUUAUCAAAUUUUAAGAGGUUUAAAAUAUGUUCAUUCAGGAGGAGUUAUACACAGAGAUUUAAAACCAAGAAAUUUAUUAGUAAACUCAAAUUGUGAUUUAAAAAUAUGUGAUUUUGGUUUAGCAAGGGCAAUACCUGAAUCCAAAGCAAAUGAUUUAACAGAUUAUGUAACUACCCGUUGGUAUAGACCCCCUGAAUUAUUACUUUCAUGGACUGACUAUACAGCAGCAAUGGAUGUAUGGUCUGUUGGUAUUAUUUUGGCUGAGUUAAUAAAAAGAAAACCUCUACUUCCUGGAUCAAGCUCUUCAGAUUAAUUAAUGAGAAUUUUCGAUUUAAUAGGUACUCCUUCACCUUAGGAAAUUGCAAUGAUUCCAUAUGAUGAAUAUAGAAAAUUUAUCAAAGAAUUGCCAAAAAGACCAAAAAAACCAUUAGAUAGAUUGUUCCCUAGAGCUCCAAAAGAUGCUCUUGAUUUAAUUGAUAGAAUGCUUACUUUUGACUUUUAAUAAAGAAUUACUGUCGAAUAAGCUCUAUAACAUCCUUAUUUAGCUGAUUUACAUUUACCUGAUGACGAACCAUCAAGAUAAUAGGUACCUUUCUUAGAAUUUGAGUUUGAAUCAUAUCCUAAUUUAACAAGACAAUAAUAUAAAGAUUUGGUUUAUGAAGAAAUAUUACUUUAUCAUUAUCCAGAUUUUAAAAAAUAAUAUCUUUUUAAUAUCUCAAAUUAAAAAUCUGUUAUGUAGCAUAUAUUUAAUAAUUCUAACAAAAAUAUUAUUGAUUAAGAAUUCACAGAAGAAGAUGGAUGA